AUGGCAACAACGAGUAAGCUGUCAUUUCGGGCAAGAAAUUUGGAUGCGACGAAAUCAAUGCCCGUAUAUUGCGCUGAUGAAUUACCCGACCUGGCUGAAUGUACACCGAUCAAUCGGGCAGUGGCACAAAUGCCAACGGGUAUGGAAAAAGAUGAAGAAAAUGAGUCUCAUUUGCAAGAGGCAAUCCUUGCGCAGCAGGCCAGUACAUCGGGUAUUGCUGUAGAAAAUCAUGUCAUACCAACGCCAAAAGUUUUUACUGUCGAUUGCGGAUACUAUGAUGCAUUAUAUCCAGUACAACCAGCACCAUCUAUCAAUCAGCUCAUCAAAGUACAAGCUUCAUUAUCGCUUGGAAACGAAGAGCCUGAUUAUGAUAUCGAUAGCGAGGAUGAAACAUGGUUGGCUGAACGUGGCGGAUUUACUGCAGAGAGUGAUUUCGAAAAGAUGAUGGAAUUGCUGGAAGGUGCCAGCAGCGGUUUGCAAAUAUGUCAGCCUAACGAGGCGCGGUCAUUGCUCAAAGAUUUCGAAACAGAUCUCGUUGAUGAUGUUUAUGAUUACUGGUUACAAAAACGCAAGGAUGCAGCAGCAUCGCAUAAGAUUGCCUCAUUGAUACCACGGGUAAAAACGGAUGCACGCCGAGAUGCUUCGGGUUCAGAUAUUGCUUAUGUUGCUUUUCGGCGGCGUUUAGAAAGAAUGCAGACUAGAAAAAAUCGUAAAAAUGAUGAAGAUUCAUAUGAAAAGAUACUGAAACUUGGCCACGAUCUAAGCAGGGUUGUCAUCCUCUUCGAUAUGCUUAGGCGAAGGGAACACACCAAACAGACUGUCAUAGGGCUAGAUGACAAAAUCUGCAAAUGUCGAUGGACUGUUUGUGACUUCAGUUGUGUUCUGUACAACCAUAUAUUGUCUAAAGUGAAAUUAGAACGAAAUGCGACGAUGAGUCCUACGGAGGAGUCGCAGGAUGAAUUGCCAAGCAGUAUAUCACCAACAAAAAUCAAAGGGCAGAAGCGGAAACGACAUUCCAGAACCUCAAUAGCUGACACGGAUAAAGAUCUAGUCAGUCGGGCGUGGUUGAAAAGAAACGCAGAGUUGUGGAAUAAGCCAGCAACUGCUGCGAAUGUACUGAAUGCCGGUGCAUCUCCAAGCACGGUUUCAACAGGUGAUGCGGAACGUAACGCAGAAGCAGCAUUGGAUGGCCGAUACACAUUUAAGAGACGACGUGGAUGCAUAUAUCGGUCCAGUUUAUUCUCGAAUCCACCGGAAGUUCCAAAGAUUAGUCCAGCAGAACGUUUCUAUCGAACAUUUAUGCCAUCUGCGAAUGGUGUACGUUGUAUUGGUUACGCAAGGCGAAGAAUGGGACGAGGUGGAAGAAUUAUAUUCGAUCGUGUUCUGCUUUCUGCUCCUUCAACGUCACAGUCCGCUCCGGAUCCACCUUUCAGUUCAGUUAUCGAUACCACAAAGAGUUAUCAAUGUAAACUGGUGGAUGUUGAUAAGUAUGAUAAUGAUUCUUCGGAUUCUGAUGAGAAUCGUAAAAAUUGGAAUGAUGAAGAUGAGCGAGAAUACAGGAGGCAAGAAGAGCUUUAUGCGAGGCGAAUUUUUGACAUAUCUGAUACCAGUUCCACACAGAAACUUCAAAGUGGCGUGGGUCGAGAUGGUACGUCGUCGCGAGGUACCGGUGAACAGGUAGUGGUGCUUGGUGAAGAUAACGACGGGUCAGCUUCGGGUAUUGGACAAAAUGUCAUGUCAGUCAAUGGUGUUCGGGAACCAGAUCGUCUGCGGGUUGUUAAUUUGCAACAAAAUGGGCCGCCAUUAAACGUUGGUGCAAGAUCGGUCAGUGACUGCGGCCUGCAGCCCGUUUUGCUGACUGCAUCUGUUGCUGGGAAAGUGGAAAAAGUGGCACCAUUACUGAAUGCAUCGUCUGUAAAUUAUCAACAAAAACGGGUACAUGAUCAUUCCUUACGCAUUUCGUCACAAAUGUCGUUAUCAUCCGAAACUAGCGAAUCAUCCCCGGUUUUUUACACGCAUCUCCCGCCACCGCUACCUCCAUCAACGAGGUUGCUGGCGACGGGAGAGCAGGCGGUACAUCGUCCUCCUCGAACGUUUGAAUUUGUCAACAGUUCUGGUAUGUUGAAUCAAGCUCAAACAUUGAUUGUAACUACGACGCAACCACCAAGGCAGGAUCAUCUGGAACGACAAAUUUUGGCUGUACCAUCUCAGGAAGUUAUCAUAAGUGGGCAAAAUAUUAGGCCACGAGCAGGUGGAAGGCGGAGGUCGUUUGCUUCUUCAAGCGUUUCACAGUUGUCAUCCCUUCCGCGCCCGGAAAUGAAUCUGCAGCGUUUAAAUACUUCUGGUUUUCAUGCAGAUAUCGUAGCGCAAGCUACGCAUUGCGUUGAUACUAAACGACUUGAACUCGCGAUAAAAGGUUCCGGAGCGCGCAUUAAGCCCUCCCCGAUGAUUGCUCAUUCGCUUUUACAAUCCUGUCCACCGGAAACAAAGACGCUUCGAGAUCUUUUAUUGGGAAGCGGGUUAUCGAAUACAAAAACAGCGUUAAGUAAUGCGGCGGUCAUGCCAACGGUUACCAGAGCAUAUACUGUCCCACAAUAUGUACCUGUAGUUGGUGACACUCAUCGUUAUGUACCAUUCACUAAUGUGGUUACGACUACUUCUUAUUAUGUGCCAGUAACAGAUGUUUCCUCACCGGGCAGCGAAAGCAUGUCACCACCAACACCGCAUGCUAUGUCACCGGCAGUACAGAAUCAGUCAGCGCGGAAUUAUUUCGGAGUGACUGAGCCAAAAAUCCAAACACCUGUUGCGGUAGUGAGCGCUCGACCAUCUCUGAAUGGAACUCAGGUUGAUGCAAGACCGUUUCUGACGAGAAAAAGAGAUCUUACAGGUGGCGGCAGUACAAUAAACAAAACAAAUGGUGGCAAUCGCGAGCGUGAAACCUUCAGUUCUCCGCAGGUCGGAAUUGAGUUGCAAUCACACCAGGCUAAAUGCCGUGUUGGUAGUGCUUCAUCGCCUUUAAAUGCAAUGUUAGCUGCCGAAAAACCUGCUGAGGGGAAUGCUGUUAACCGAAACGGAGGAAAUUCAGCAGCUGCCGCCGCAACGACACCUGCAGUUGCGGAAAAAAUGUACCCAGAACCAACGGAGGCUGGAGAAAAUACUUUAAGCAACAAAGUUACGAAUAACCAUCGUGAUAUUGCUGCAUGUCAUGGAAUGGUUGUCAUUCCGUGGAAAUUUCCAAACGCCGAGGAAGCGUAUCGUGUCGCGGUGUGGUUUGCUUCUCCCCUUGCUACAAUGGUUGCAUUGUGGGUCCAGGCAAUUACCUUACUAGUCGUAAUGAUACGAGUUGGGAAUCACGUUGUUAUCCAGAAAAUGGGAGGUGAACAUUUACGCGUGUGUAAAAUAUCGCGAAAAACUAAAAUUUUGAUCGAAAAAUUACGAUUUGAAAUUGAUGGCGCAAUUGAUCAACCGUUCGGACUGUUUGAGGUUUCUGCGGGAAAAUUGACACGUGUUACACCAGAAAGUGUUACGGAUAUUGCUGCUACAUUCGAUUUUGAUACAGUUGGCACAAGUUCAUCAUCCAAAUUAAAUGGUAUCAGUAGCACAACGAAUAAUAGACGAUCAUCAGCAGAAGAAGCAAGUAGCGAUAAUGCAGCACAAACAAGGCAGAAAGUGACGCAGGAUGAAAUAAUCAAAAUGAAAGAUACAGGCGUACCAGCGGAGCAGUUGAUAGCAAAAUUGGUCGAUGGUAGUGCAUCAUUUUCCGAACGCACGGUGUAUUCACAAAACAAAUAUAUCAAUAAGAAAGCAAAGAAGCAUUCAGAUCACGUUUAUCUUUUAAAGCCGACUCUACGCUUAAUCGCUGAAUCUUACUAUAAGAAAGAUCCUGAAAGAGUCGCACAUCUAAGAAUCGAUUUGUUAUCUCAUCUGUUGGCUCUUAGUGGCAUACACUACGGUUCACGUUGUGUUGUCUUUGAACAAUGUUUGGGUUUGCUAACGUCAGCCGUGUUAACACGUUUGGGUGGGUCAGGUGCUUGUAUCCAUCUACAUCGUGGAAAUAUAGCACAAGCGAUUCCGUGUGUUGAUAGUAUGGAUUUUGAUAAAGAGAUUAGUUCCGUAUUUUUGCCAUUGUGCAUAUCCAGUUUGUUGGAAAAAUCUAUGGAGGAAACUGAAGAACCUAUGAAUUUUGAUGCAAAAGAAUUUGUCACAGUGGCAGCCUGCGAUAAAAAUCAGGAAGCAGUAAUUGGAGUGGAUGGAGAAGAAAGUUUGUUUAAGAAGGAUGAAGAAACAGAAAAAUACCAGAAGAAAAACGAUGAGGAUACUGCAUAUAAUGAUGAUGGCGAGAAGGAUGAAUCAGCAGUUACUGAUAGCUCGCUAGAAAGAAGAGCUGAAAGACAGCGCUUGCAAAGACAUGCUUGGCAUUUAAUGCAAAAUGGUGAAAUUGAAAUAUUAUUUAUUGCUAGUAAAAAUAUCAAUCCGGUGGAAAUUCUGGAAAAAACAUGGUCAUUUUUGCGUUUAUCAUCAACAAUUGUUAUUUAUUGUCCAAUCGCUGAGCCACUAUAUUCCGCAUAUCACUGGUUGAAAGCAAAGCAUGCGGUACAAGUACACGUUGUGGAUGCUUUUUAUCGUAGUCAUCAAAUCAUACAAGAUCGUUCUCAUCCGAUUAUGCAACAAUUUAUCACCGGUGGUGUUAUUCUUUCUGCAAUUAAAGUGGAACAGAGAUGA